AUGAAGGUGGACCGCGAGUCCCUGUCGUUGCCGGUCCCGGGGGUCACGCGCCAGCCCCUCCCAGAGGAGGACCCGCAGCAGCCAGGUUCAGAGAGCGGCGGGUGCCAGUGGCCACGGGAAGUGGGAAACGGGGCUGGUGUCCGAGGUGCACGGAGCGCCAGAAGCAGCAGCAACUUCAGCGAGGUUGUGCAGAUGAACUUCAAAAUCGCCAGCUUCAGCAGCCUCUCGGGGACGCAGCCCAUCACGUGGCAGGUGGAAUACCCGCGGAAGGGGACCAGCAACGUGGUGCUAUCGGAGAUCUUCAUCAGCCAGAAGGACCUGGUGGGCAUCGUGCCGCUGGCCAUGGACACUGAGAUCCUGAACACGGCCAUCCUCAUGGGAAAGACGGUGGCCGUGCCCCUCAGGGUGAUCUCCGUGGAGGAGAACGGCGCGGUGGCCGAUGUCUCGGAGUUGGUGGAGUGCAAGUCUGUGGACGAGGGUGUCAUCAAAGUGUCUGACCACUGCGACUACGUCUUCGUCAAUGGCAAAGAGACAAAGGGCAGGAUGGAGGCCGUGGUGAAUUUCACCUUCCAGUACCUGAGCGCCCCACUGCGCAUCACUGUGUGGGUGCCCCGGCUGUCCCUGCAGAUCGAGGUCUCUGACACUGAGCUCAGCCAGAUUAAGGGCUGGAGGGUCCCCAUCGUGGCCAGCAAGAGGGCCACACGGGAGAGUGAGGAAGAGGAGGAGGAGGAGCGCCGGGACCCAGACCAGACGCGAGCAGUCCGCAGCGCCUCCUGGAGGGACUGGCAGAUGCUCUUCCUCCCUGCCCAUCCCAUCCAUGGCCAUCUGCCGCACCUGGGCCACCAGCCCUGCUCCACCCGCAGUCUCGGUGUGAUCUGCAGCCGCUGCGUGUUCGUGCUUGCGCCCGGCCUAUUCGUCACCCCCCAGGAAGCCAUGGUCAGCACGUGGCUGUAGUUCAGCGACAGCUCGGCGACCCCCCUGGACGUCUAUGACACCCAGGACUUCUCCCUGGCUGCCAGCUCCCUGGACGAGGCCAUGGUAUCUGUUGCCCCCACCCGCUCUCCCAGGUGGCCCACCGUGGUGGCCGAAGGGGAAGGGCAGGGCCCACUGGUCCAAGUGGACAUGACUAUCGCAGAGGCCUGCCAAAAAUCCAAAUGCAAGAGUGUCCUGGCCGUGGGCUUCGGCAACGUCAGGGUCAAGUUUGGACGGAACGACACCGACCCCAGCCCCACCAGAGACGCGGAGGAGGAGGAGACCAAGAACCAUGCCAGCCACUGUCGGAAGGGCCAGGACGAGAGUCCCGUCCAGGAUGGGCCGUCCCCCGAGCGUGAGGAAGGGGCCCUGCGGAAGGCCACCACGAGGGCCAGGUCGCUACUGGAUGGCAGGGCGGUGAAGAGCCGCUGGCUGGACGGGGGUGCGCGACCCAGGGAGGCACCACUGCAGAACAUCCCCCUUGAAUUCACCAACUUCCCGGCCCAGCUGGGCCUCCCCGGGGCAGGUGCGGGGCUGGAGGGGAACGGCCUGCUGCGCGCCCCGGGCCUGAGCGACCUGGAGAUCGGUAUGUACGCCCUGCUGGGCGUCUUCUGCCUGGCCAUCCUGGUCUUCCUGAUCAACUGCACCACCUUUGCCCUCAAGUACAGGCACAAGCAAGUCCCCCCCGAGGGCCAGGCCUCCGUGACCCACUCCCACGACUGGAUGUGGCUGGGCACUGGGGCGGAGCUCCUGGGGAGCCUGGGGGACCCCGCGCCGCCCCCGGAGGAGCACACCACCGUCAUCGACCGUGGGCUGGGGGGCUGCACCGAGGGCCGCCACCUGCUCCUCAACGGGGACUCCCAGAAGCACGUGCAGGGCCAGGGGCCCUGGCCCACGGAAUCCGGGAGGCCGGGCCAGGCGCAGCAGCAGGAGCCCCCACACUCGCCCACCUCCAAGCGGAAGAAGGUGAAGUUCGCCACCUUCCCCACCUGCCCCACCGACGGCGGCUGCCCCACCGUGAACUCCAUCCUCGGGGCCAAAGAGGACAUCUCGUGGGUGCACCAGGACGUGGACGCGGGAGCCCCCAAGGAGCUCAGAGAUGCCCUGGAGGACUUCCAGGGGAAGGUGUAG